AUGUUUCAAAAGAUUCGGGAAUGGAUUUCUCUGAAAAACUACCAGUACCAGGUCACAACGGGAAUCUACAUGCUUGAGCCUUGGGAAAGAACAAUAUUCAGUAUCCUUUAAGGUGAAUUUUAUGAGAAAUGCACUUAGAUUUGGCAUUAUAAACACACAAAAGUAUGCCCUCGGGGAGGCUAUUGCAACCUGCGCAAACAUAUCUAAAUUUAAAAUCUAAAUCUAAAUAUCGUUAUGUCGGCAAAAUCGUUUGGGACAUCACGCCAACUCUAACCGAAAAAAACUAUUAAAAACUAUUAAAAAAGACUGCCAGAUUGAGGGCGAAAUUUAGCUCCUAAAAAGGAUCAAAAAUUUUCUGGUCUGACAGUUGCUUGGGCGUCUGAGCCUUUCGAGGAAGCCCAAGAGAAAUUUAGCUCCAGUUAGAUAAAAUAUAAUCAUAGUUCUAGGCUAAAAAAAAGUGCAAAUGUUGAGCAAAGGAAGAAAAAAAAGUAUUUUCAAAAGGUAAUUUUUAUUUUCUGGUCUGACAGUUGAAACAAAAGAAAAAUAAAAAAUUACCUGAGAUAAAAAUCAACUGCGACGAUCAUGUCUUCAUUUAAAAUAUUGUAUAUUUCCUUGGUCACAUCUUUUUCAUUUCAUUUUCCAUUCCUUUCACUGGUUAACAUGGACUCAACAAAUUGGCCUGCUUCUAAUGUCUGGGCCUUCAUGGUAGAGGACUGCAGCUCUACUUUCACUAAAAUGUAAACACCAUGGGUGCAAAUUCUAAAAUAUCCUUUUGGGUUACUUUGUUAUUGCUUAAAUUGCUAAUCAAUGCGACGAUCAUGUCUUCAUUGAAAAAUUUAUAUCCUAAUUUCUGUUCAACCAAAGCAAAAAUAAUUUAGAGACUGGGUUGCUUUGUACUAUACAGGCCAUUUCCAAGCUCUAAAAACUGUCAAUUGCAAAAUGAGUGAAAAUGAGUUGUAUUUGGAUGACAGUAGAGCGCUUUUCAAUUGAGUGUCGAAAACCAAAACCAAAGUAAUCACAACGGCCAAUCAGAGUAAAGGAAAUUAUCAGAGGGAGCCAAUGACAACUCGAAGUAAACUCGUGUAACCGGCCUGUAGCGUGGGAAAACGCGAGUGACCAAGGAGCGAUUGGUUUUAGUUUACAUCUGAUUGACUGAGAGUGUGGCGUGAGUUUUCUAGACCAAUCAAACAGCACAGUAAAGCAAAACCAAUUCAAUCCUGGAUUACUUUCAACACUCAAUUAAAAAUUGCUCUAAAAAAAUCAGCGUCAUGUCAAUCGCUUUGCACUUUGCCUCGCAUUGAAACAGAGGCUUGGAGCGACUCUGAAAUGGCCUAGGGAGGUUGAGGUAGGUUGGCAAUGAUAGAGGGGUGGAUAGUGCAAAAGUCUCCAUUUUCAGAACUCUGGAAGUUGGCAUCACUGUGAUUAUCUAACGAGAAAAUAAUGUUGGUCUCACAAACACAAAACACAAAAUAUUUAUCAGUUAAAAUUAAUGUCAAAUUUUAAUGUAGUCUGCAUCUUAUGGAUAGUAAAGCUUCUCAAACAGAAAUGUUGCUGAUGUUUUAGCAAAGUAUUUUCUCUCCCUUAACAUGCCUGUCGCAGAUGCAACAUUGGUGACAAUUGUUGUCUCUGUAUUAAACAUAUGCUUAUUUGCCAGCAUAUAUUCACAAUGUCCUCGUCUAUCUAAGUUACACUAA